AUGAGAAAGCUAAAGAAGCUAAAGAAGCUAAAGAAGCUAAAGAAGCUAAAGAAGCUAAAAAAGCUAAAGCUGCUAAAGCUGCUAAAGAAGCUAAAGCUGCUAAAGAAGCUAAAGAAGCUAAAGAAGCUAAAGAAGCUAAAGAAGCUAAAGAAGCUAAAGAAGCUAAAGAAGCUAAAGAAGCUAAAGAAGCUAAAGAAGCCAAAGAAGCUAAAGAAGCCAAAGAAGCUAAAGAAGCCAAAGAAGCCAAAGAAGCUAAAGAAGCUAAAGAAGCUAAAGAUGCUAAAGAUGCUAAAGAUGCUAAAGAUGCUAAAGAAGCUAAAGAAGCUAGAGAAGCUAAAGAAGGUAAUGAAGCUGAAGAAGCUAAAGAAGCUAAAGAAGCUAAAGAAGCUAAAGAAGCUAAAGCUGCUAAAGUUGCUAAAGAAGCUAAAGAAGCUAAAGAAGCUAAAGAAGCUAAAGAAGCUAAAGAAGCUAAAGAAGCUAAAGAAGCUAAAGAAGCCAAAGAAGCUAAAGAAGCUAAAGGAGCUAAAGAAGCUAAAGAAGCUAAAGAAGCUAAAGAAGCCAAAGAAGCUAAAGAAGCUAAUGAAACUAAAGAAGCUAAAGGAGCUAAAGAAACUAAAGAAGCUACAGAAGCUAAGGAAACUAAAGAAGCUAAAGAAACUAAAGAAGGUAAAAAAGAUAAGAAAGGUACAGGAGGUAAAUAAGGUAAAAGGUAAACAGUAA